CGCGGUCUCUGCGCCAGCGGGCCGGCGCCUGUUUGUCCCCGGGGGGCGGCGCCCGGUUCUGCGGCCGCACGCUGGGCGGCUGUGUGCUGGGUGGGCUCGGGCCUUCGCGCUGGGCGGCCUUGCCUUCGCCACUGCGGCCUGGGGCCUAGGCCUGAGCCGCCAUGGCGCUGCCCCCAGGCCCAGCCGCCCUCCCGCACACACUGCUGCUCCUGCCAGCCCUUCUGAGCUCAGCUCUCCGCAGAACCCCCUGCUGUGUUCCAGGUUGGGGGGAAUUGGCACCAGAAAUUGAUGGUCAGACCUGGGCCGAGCUGGCACUUCGGGAGAACGAGCGGCACGCCUUCACCUGCCGGGUGGCAGGGGGGCCUGGAACCCCCCGAUUGGCCUGGUACCUGGAUGGACAGCUGCAGGAGGCCAGCACCUCGAGAGUGCUGAGCGUGGGCGGGGAGGCCUUCUCUGGAGGCACCAGCACCUUCACUGUUACUGCCCAGAGGGCCCAGCAUGAGCUUAACUGCUCCUUGCAGGACCCCGGCAGUGGCCGGUCAGCUAAUGCCUCCGUCAUCCUCAACGUGCAAUUUAAACCAGAGAUUGCCCAGGUCGGGGCCAAGUACCGGGAAGCUCAGGGGCCAGGCCUCCUGGUUGUCCUUUUUGCCCUGGUGCGUGCCAACCCACCUGCCAAUGUGACCUGGAUCGACCAGGAUGGGCCGGUGACUGUCAACGCCUCUGACUUCCUGGUGCUGGAUGCCCAGAACUACCCUUGGCUCAGCAACCACACCGUGCAGCUGCAGCUCAGCAGCCUGGCACACAACCUCUCCGUGGUGGCCACCAACGACGUGGGUGUCACCAGCGCCUCGCUUCCGGCCCCGGGUGAGCACUGCCAGCGACUGGCCCAGCACGGCCUCAGGGCUUCUGGCCACCCGAGUGGAAGUGCCGCUGCUGGGCAUCGUUGUGGCUGGAGGGCUUGCCCUGGGCACCCUGGUGGGGUUCAGCACCUUGGUGGCCUGCCUGGUCUGCAGGAAAGAGAAGAAGACCAAAGUGACUCCAACAACCUGAAACUCAACAACGUGCGCCUGCCACGGGAGAACAUGUCCCUCCCGUCCAACCUGCAGCUCAACGACCUCACUCCAGAUUCCAGAGCAGGGAAGCCAGCAGACCGGCAGAUGGCUCCGAAUAACAGCCGGCCAGAGCUGCUGGACCCAGAGCCCGGUGGCCUCCUCACCAGCCGAGGUACUGGGACAUGGGCCUGUGGCCCCCCUCCUCUGCUCCCCAGCCCUUGUGCUUCUGCCAGAGGCCUCAGAGUCUCCAUGGGCAGAGAGGGCUCUCCCAACUUCCAGGCGGUGAGGCUCACUGCGUCUCACGGGCAUCUUUGCCCCUGCAGGUUUCAUCCAGCUCCCCAUGCUGGGCUAUAUCUAUCGAGUGUCCAGUGUGAGCAGUGAUGAGAUCUGGCUCUGAGCAGGGCAAGAUUGGGGGUGCCCUCUUGGCUCCUGGGCCCCCUCCUCCUCCUCCAAGGCCACCGCUGCCUGGCCCUGUUGCCACUGGGAAGAGGUCAUGCCCCUGCUACUUCUGCUUGCCCUCCUGGCUGGGGUGCCCUCUGUGUCAUCCUCAUGAUCUGACCCUCAGGGGCACGGGUAUCUUGGCAGAGCCACCGGCUGCACCUCAGCCCCUUGUUCUAACUCAGGUAGGGGGGCCCUUCAGUGACACCCGUGCCCUGGCGGAUGGAGCUCUUUGUGCAGGUGUGUUUGCAGGUUAUCUGGCAUCUAAGUGUGGCAUGGCUCGGCCGGUCUGGGCCUGCCCUGUGCCACACACCAGUACUCUUAGCACUUUGUACAGAGGCACGGGGGUGUGCCCAGUGCGGGGGGCACAGGGAGGGCCCUGCAUGUCUUCAGUUUCCUCCCCAUGCUGUGCAGCUUUGUUCCCUCAGGGAAAAUUUAGGACCCCGAUAGCCGUAUCGAACCAAACUGCCCUUUACACGGGAACCAACCUCUGGCCCGGGGGCAGUGGCCAAGCACAAGCUAAUCCCUUUUGCUGCAUACCUCUCUGCCCUUCUCUGUCUCCGCCUCCUCUUGGGCAUCAUAUGUUAUACAUUGGACCUUCUCCAUUUCCCCACUGGGCACUAUACUUCCCCAUUGACCUCACCCUGGCAGUGCCAGGGCCUGGUGUUAGCACAAGUCAGGAGGAAAAGAGGGAGGCGGGAAGUCCAGUGGUACCCUGGGCAGCAUGUAGUAGCUGUGCAUCAUUUUCUUACAGUGUAGGCACUUUAAGCACAUCCCCUGGGGAGGAGGGGGUGAGUGAGGGCCCCAGGGCCCUGUCUGUGGCUUCCCCAAGUCUGGCCUUCCUCUGAUUCACUGUGAGUGCCCUGAGCCCUCGGGGUUGAUGGUUCCCCUCUCAACAUGUCUCCCCCGCCAUGGGACCCCCUGAGCAGCCCCUGACUGCCUCAUCAGCAGGAAGCCGCUCUUCCUGUCCACCCUCAGUUCUUCAGGGGAUGGUCAUAGUGGCACAUUAUUGGACAGAGCUAGAAGCUUUUAGGGGAACAUGGGAAAAGGGGGGACCACAUACUCCAAAACAACCUAAGAACUCUUUGGAAAGCAACAUGGAAAUGAUAGCAGAUUAUUAUAGUGCAGAGUCUAUUUUUCCCUUGUUGAUAUCUUGUUUUAUAAUUUUUCUCCUGUUACUGCCUAGGACAGUGCUGAGCACACAGUAGAUUUAAUAAACUUGACUAAGUGAAUGUUA